UAGAUGUGGUUGUGUUUUACAUCUCCUAGAUGUGGUUGUGUUUUACACCUCCUAGAUGUGUUGUGUUUUACACCUCCUAGAUGUGGUUGUGUUUUACACCUCCUAGAUGUGUUGUGUUUUACACCUCCUAGAUGUGGUUGUGUUUUACACCUCCUAGAUGUGGUUGUGUUUUACACCUCCUAGAUGUGUUGUGUUUUACACCUCCUAGAUGUGGUUGUGUUUUACACCUCCUAGAUGUGGUUGUGUUUUACACCUCCUAGAUGUGGUUGUGUUUUACACCUCCUAGAUGUGGUUGUGUUUUACACCUCCUAGAUGUGUUGUGUUUUACACCUCCUAGAUGUGGUUGUGUUUUACACCUCCUAGAUGUGGUUGUGUUUUACACCUCCUAGAUGUGUUGUGUUUUACACCUCCUAGAUGUGGUUGUGUUUUACACCUCCUAGAUGUGGUUGUGUUUUACACCUCCUAGAUGUGGUUGUGUUUUACACCUCCUAGAUGUGGUUGUGUUUUACACCUCCUAGAUGUGUUGUGUUUUACACCUCCUAGAUGUGGUUGUGUUUUACACCUCCUAGAUGUGGUUGUGUUUUACACCUCCUAGAUGUGGUUGUGUUUUACACCUCCUAGAUGUGUUGUGUUUUACACCUCCUAGAUGUGGUUGUGUUUUACACCUCCUAGAUGUGGUUGUGUUUUACACCUCCUAGAUGUGUUGUGUUUUACACCUCCUAGAUGUGGUUGUGUUUUACACCUCCUAGAUGUGUUGUGUUUUACACCUCCUAGAUGUGGUUGUGUUUUACACCUCCUAGAUGUGGUUGUGUUUUACACCUCCUAGAUGUGUGGUUCAGGAUCAUCUCCAGUUAGAAUCCAUCAGCCUACGUCACCCUGUGCUGUAACCUGGGUGAUUAUAGACCAUCCACACUCUCUCUCUCACACACACACACACAGGCACGCUUGUACCAUCUCAGCUCACCUCUCUCUCUCACGCACACACCCCAGUCUCUGAGACCCGGGCAUCUCUCUCUGACCAUGGACGUGUCAACGCUGGGCAGUGGGAGCAGCUGUUCAGAGGAUUGUGUGCUAGGGUCUGGCUGUCUGGAGGACUGUGGGAACCAGAGUGACCAGACUGAAUGGGAGGACUUCAGUGGGGCUGAGCUGGUGUGUGUGACAGCCGUGUGUGUGCUGCUGCUGGCCCUGGGCAUCGCAGGAAAUAUGUUAACCAUCCUGGUAGUUUGGCUCCGGCCACACCUGAGAAGCACCACCUACCUCUACCUGAGUAGUAUGGCCGUCUCCGACCUCCUCAUACUGCUUCUGAUGCCUUUAGAUCUGUACUACAAGCUGUGGAGGUUCCGGCCCUGGGAUCUGGGUGAUGCAGUGUGUAAGCUGAGUGUGUUCAUCAGUGAGAGUUGUACCUACUCCUCCAUCCUCCACAUCACCGCCCUUUCUCUGGAGCGCUACCUCGCUGUCUGUCGACCACUCACAGCCAAGACCCUGGUCACACGGACCCGCGUCCGUACUCUCAUUGGCUGCCUGUGGGUUGUGGCCGUGAUCAGCGCCGGGCCGGUGUUUGCUAUGGUAGGGGUAGAGGAGCUGGGGGGAGUUGAGGGGGAGAGCGAGUGUCGCUGUACGGACUACGCCAUCUCCUCAGGCCUGCUGGGGGCCAUGAUGUGGCUCUCCAACCUCUACUUCCUGGUGCCGCUGGGCAUUCUGGGAGUUGUGUAUGGUCUGAUCGGCAGGAAGCUUUGGCUCCGCCCACAACGCAGCAGCCGAGACCGCGCCCAGCGACACACCAUCAAGAUGCUGGGGAUGAUCGUGCUGGCGUUUGUUCUGUGUUGGCUGCCGUUCCACGUUGGUCGGACGUUGUUCUCUGUGACUCUGGGCUCCAGCGCUGAUAUGUACUACAUCUCUCAGUACUUUAACCUGGUCUCCUUUGUGUUGUUCUACCUCAGUGCUGCUGUCAACCCUAUCCUCUACAACACCAUGUCAGCACGCUACCGCCACGCUGUCCGCAGCCUGCUGCGCUCACACACACCCCGCUCCCACCACCCCCCACUCACCCCACAACACUCUACCACCACCCUGUAACUCACACACACCCCGCUCCCACCACCCCCCACUCACCCCACAACACUCUACCACCACCCUGUAACUCACACACACCCCGCUCCCACCACCCCCCACUCACCCCACAUCACUCUACCACCACCCUGUAACUCACACACACCCCGCUCCCACCACCCCCCACUCACCCCACAACACUCUACCACCACCCUGUAACUCACACACACCCCGCUCCCACCACCCCACAACACUCUACCACCACCCUGUAACUCACACACACCCCGCUUCUGCCACCCCCCACUCACCCCACAACACUACCAGCACCCUGUAACUCACACACACCCCACUCCCACUCACCCCACAACACUGUACCACCCCUCUGUAACUCACACAGAAAACCUUGGAGAUGGAUGGAGGAAUAAGAGUUUGUUUAGAGGCACAUUGUCUUUAGUGAGACAUACUGUCAGAUUUAUUGUAUAAUAUUUGGUUCAUAUAUAUUUGCCAUUUUGAUGACUGUUGGUUCUAAACCCCUGAAGGUGUGUGUGUUCUCAGAGUGAUGUGUAAUAAACUGUAAUU